UGAUUAUUUAGCUACUAGUUGCCAAAACCAACCUUUUCUAAUAUACUUUUUUCUAUUUCUAGGCUGGAACAACAAAUCCAACAGUAAGCUUCCAUUAUGUCAGUCUAAGUGAUCCAAAAACUGAGCACCGAUUGGAAGUACCAAAUAAUUUCACAAGGGAACCUCUUUUGACAGCUGUCGAAUGGGCUACGAACGAUACUGUGACUGCAAUUUGGAUGAACAGAGUACAAAAUCAUGCCAUUUUAACGGCCUACGAUACUUCUGCAUCGCCCAUUCGUAUUAUAGUGGUAAAAGACAUUGUGAUGAAAAAUGGCUGGCUGGAACUCUUCUCGCCGCCAAUUUUCUCCAAAAGUGGUUCUCAAAUGGUACUCAUUCUAUCCCAAGAACAAGGCAAUGGCGAUUCUUACAGACACGUCGUAUUGCUUCAACUCGAGGAAAAUGCAAAGGAUGAUCCUGUAACGAAGGGCCUGUUUGUCGUAUCGGAACUGCUAGCAUGGAAUCAUGAAGAUAACUUAAUCUACUAUUUGGCGAAUACCGACAACGAUUCAUCCGUCCAGCAUUUGUACAGUAUAUCUCCAGUGAAGAGGAAGCCUCACUGCAUCACAUGCUCGUUGAAGUCGAAACAUCACGCCGACGUUCCUUGCGCUUACAAUAGGGCUGAUUUCAGCAAAGACGCUUCGCAUUACGUGAUGACCUGUGCAGGACCGGACGUGCCACAGGUAUCUAUAUACAAUAAGAAUGAGAAGCUAAAAAUUCACUGGACAGACAAUCAAGAAUUGGUAGACUAUUUAGAUAAAACGGAUGCUGUGAGAAUCAGGAAAAUGACGUUUGACGUUGCUGGAGGAUUCAAAGCCAAUGUAAUGUUGAGGUUACCUCCAAAUCUGGACGAGUCUGGUUCAACGAAGUACCCUAUGGUUGUUAAUGUGUAUGGAGGUCCAGACACCUUCCAGGUAGUUGACAGAUUCGUGUUAGAUUGGGGAAGCUAUUUGGCAUCCAACAAAAGUAUAAUCUACGCUACUAUAGAUGGCAGAGGAUCUGGAUUAAAGGGAGACAAGAUGUUAUUCUCUGGAUACAGGAAAUUGGGAACAGUCGAGAUUGAGGAUCAAAUCAAUGUUACUAGGUUGAUACAAAAUACUUUGAGUUACGUGGAUUCUUCGAGGACAGCAAUAUGGGGUUGGAGCUAUGGUGGAUACGCAGCUGGCAUGGCAUUAGCCACGGAUUCACAGAAAGUUUUUAAAUGUGGCAUUUCAGUGGCACCUGUUACCGACUGGGCAUUGUACGAUUCAAUAUACACCGAAAGGUUCAUGGGCUUACCGACACUAGAAGAUAACCUGAAAGGUUAUGAAGCAGCUCAGCUAUUGAAGAAAUAUGAAGGCCUGAGAGAUAAAGAGUACUACCUGAUACAUGGCACCUACGACGAUAAUGUUCACUACCAGCAAUCAAUGAUGUGGUCCAAGGUGUUAGAAGUGAACGAUAUACUUUUUAGACAACAGUCUUACCCAGAUGAGGACCACAGUCUUGGUCUUGUCCGUCCACAUUUGUACCACUCACUGGAGAACUUCUUGGACGAAUGUUUUAUAGAAAAAAUGUAGUAUAUAAUGUCAGUAUUUCCCAUCAGACUGCGAUUUUUCUAUUCGACUAGUCUGAAGACUUAUUCAACCGAUUAAAAAAAAAACAUUUGAAGUUAGCUCCUCAACUAGAGACUUAAGGAUAGAUUCUUCGUUGUUGGUUAUAAAGAUCUUCAAAAAAACAAUGUAAACGUAAAGUACUAAAGAGGAGUCUGUACUUCAUCUAAGGAAGUUUUUACCCCUCAUAGUCUCUUUAAAAACCACAUAAAACUCAUUUUUUUAUCGCAACGUGAGGAGCAAACUUCACCCGUGCCGAUUUUAUGAUAUUCAGGAUUUGUGCUAUUCUAGUAUGGAGAAGAUUACAUUUUGUUGAAAUCAGUCAUCCUGAAUUCAGUAAGAGACCAUUAAGUAUUCAAUACUAGGCUUUUUAAUUCCUGCAAGUUCUUACUAUAAACAUCGGAAAAGUCAUUUUAUAUGGCUGCAGUCCUAGUUCAAUAAAAUGACAGCUUCUUAUUUCAAGUGUUUCAGCCCUUCGAGUGGAAUAAAUGUUAUCUUACUAUCAUGAUUAUUUCAGUAUCAUUAAGACAGUAUUUGGAAUACUAGUCUAAUCAUAUUAGCAAAUUUCCCCGAAAUAAUUGUAAAGUCAGGUUUUUUUGGUGCAAGUUGUUCAAGGGGGUAUCUAAAACAUGGACGGAUAAAAUCGGUACACUAAUUUUUGUGAAAAACGUGUUUUUUGGGAUCCAAUCGAAAGUGUUGACAGGAACGGAAAAAAUAUUUAAACAAAAUUUUUAGGUAUGUAUGAGACCUACAAAAUGAGACCACACGUAAAAACGAGGCAAAAUGCAGGUUUUGGCACUAGUUGGUAAUACGACGACAAUUUCACGCAACUACUAGAAUUGUUUAAAUCCGUAGGAUUCAUAACAACAACAAAAUUGGAGUAAAUAGGUCACGCAGUUUUUGAGAAUUCCUAAUUUUUAUACCAAAACACCUGUUUUCUGGCUAUCACUUCUAGUUUAUUGAACAAUAUGCAGUGUUCGUUCAAAGAGCAUUUAAUAGCAAAAUAUGUACAUGUGUUUACCUUGCCGAUAUGAAUCACAAUCCAUUCUGAAAGAUAAAUGUUAUUUUUAUGCGAAAAACAAAGGUUACGUUUUUUCUUCUAAAGAAACUCAAACAUUUCCUAUUUGUGAGUAAAUAAACAAAUGCGCUACGAUAUUCGAAAAACAUAUAGUACGUCACUAUACACAUUUUAUAACAAAGCAGAUGUGUUUAUCAUCUUUCAUUGCGAAUUACUCACAAAUACGCAAUGUUUGAAUUUGUUUAGAAGAAAAAACGUAACCCAUCCUUUUUUGCAUAAAAAUAACAUUUCUCUUCCGGAAUGGUUUGCAAUUCAUAUAGGCAAGGUAAACUAGUGUAUUUUUCUAUAAAAUUCCCUUUGAACAAACUCUGUAUAUUGCUCAAUAAAUUACUAGUGAGUGCCGGAAGACAGGUAAUUUGUGAUAAACAAUUGGAAAUUCUCAAAGACUACUCCACCAAUCUACUCCAAUUUUGUUUUGGUUAUUUAGAAGUAUGAGGUCCACGGAUUUGAAGAAUUUCAAGUAUCUGCGUCGCAUUACCAACCAGUGCCAAAACCUGCAUUUUGCUCAGGUUUCCGGCCAAAACUGUUUUGCUGUUAGUCGGACCUUUUUACGUGUGGUCUCAUUUUAUAGGUCCCAUAAAUACCUAAAAAUCUUAUAUGAAGAGUUUUGUCGUUCCUGUCAACACUUUCGAUUGAAUCCCAAAAAACACGUUUUCUCAUUCUUUGUUGUCGAAUAAAAAGUAUUCCCAAAUUGGUGUAACCAUUUGAUGCGUCUAUCUUUUAAAUACCCCCUUGACCAACUUGCAGCAACAAAACCAGGCUUUACAAUUAUUUCGCAAACCAGGGGUAUUUUCGUCUAAUAUGGUCAGACUAUACUCCGUAUUAACGAAGCAAACAAGUAUUUUGUAUUUUGGUGUAUUUGCAGUAACAGUAUUUCUAUUUCUAUUAACUAAAGUGUAAUAUUAUAAAUGAUUACUUCAUUAUAAUGAAAAUAUGAACAAAUAAUUACAUCAAACAAAUCAAAACAGGCUGAUAUUUUUACACUGAACUUCAAUAAUAAAUAAAAAACGUGGCCUCACCAAUAUUACUUGUAGGUGCAAUAUAUCAGAUUUAACAUCAAUUUAGGUAUUACAAAAGACUUAUUUCUCUUAGAAUUCACUGAAUAAUUUUGAAGAAGGGAAUUUCUACUAUGGAAGUAAGAAGAAAACUUAAGCCACUGCAAUGUAAUAAAUAUAGUAAAUAUAAAAAAUUCGCCUUUGUACUGUGUUUUGAAACCCUGGAAUUGGUUCAAGAUGUUUCUAAACCAAUUAAAAUAUUGGUUACUGUUAAUGAUUGAUUUACUAGAGAAAAUGAUGGUCCAUUCCAGUGACUAUUAUACAGGGUGUCCGAGAAAUACCACACCAGAGUGAUAUGGGAGGUAGAUUGGUUUCAUAUCAAUCAGAUAAAAUCAACAUGACCUCAGUAAAUGUUUUCUAGUUUUCGAGAUAUUGCCACUUUUAGGUUUUUCAAAAAAUCCCUACUUUUUGCUCAUUUUUUGCCUGUUAUGGCUAUUAAGAACUUCUAACUUAUGCGUUUUUUCCUGGGCUACCAUUAAUAGUUGGUUGAGACAACCGAGUAUUCAUUUUAUUGAAAACUAGUACGGUAUGCUAAAAAAAUAAUACAUUUUGUUUCAAUGUGGAAACCUUUACCAAAGUUUGACUAAUUGCUGUGAAAAAAAUGUACCAUUCUGAAUCGGCAAAUGAUCUUAAAAACUAGCCUAUUUAAUGCUCUUUUAAAAAUAGUAGAUAUAUUAUUUUUGUAGGUUCUUUCUACUAAAAAUUGAAUAAUUCCAAGCUUUGUCCUUGAAGUCUUAAUACUUACGAAAUACUACAACUAAAAAAUGAGUGAAGCCGUCUUUUGUAUCCAAAUGACUAAGUAAUGAAACGACCUAAACAUGUCAUUGACUAUCUCGCUCUCACGUUCAUUGUUUGAUCGGAGGCAUUAUGUCACCUCGAGGAACAGAGGCGGUACCUGCGCACCGCACUCGCAGGGUUAAUUUAGUACUGCUCCUUGUGUUAGUGCUACACACGUGCUAUUUAGGUCUUUCGCUGUUCAGGUCGUUUCAUUCAUUAGUGAUUUGGUUACAAAAGACUGCUGCACUUAUUUUUUAUUUGUAGUAUUUCGCAAGUAUUACGGCUUCAAUGACAAAGCUUGGAAUUAUUCAAUUUUUAGUAGUAAGAACCUAUAAAUGAUUUUUACAAGAGCAUUAAAUAGGCUAGUUUUUAAGAUCGUUUUCCGAUUUAGUCUGUUGCAUUUUUUUUUCCAAUAAUUAGUCAAACUUGAGUAAAUGUUUUCACAUUGAAAUAAAAUGAAUUAUUUUUUUUAGCAUGCUAGUUUUCAAUUAAAUGAAUACUCGGUUGUCUCAACCAACUUAGGAAAAAACUCAUGAGUUAGAAGUUCUUAAUAGCCAUAAUAGGCAAAAAAGAAGCAAAAAGUAGGGAUUUUUUGAAAAAACUUAAAAGUGGCGAUAUCUCGAAAACUAUAAAACUUUUGCUAAGGUAAUAUCGAUUUUAUCUGAUUGAUCUGCAGCCAAUCUACCUCCUCUUUCACUAUGGUGGGUUAUUUCUGGGACAUUCUGUAUAGUGUUUUUGUUCUUUUUAAAAGCGACAGCUUGUUUUGAUUUCUAACAUCACAAUUUACUUAUAGCAAAUUGUAAAAUACAAGUUGAACUAAUUUUUGUUCACAUAUAUUUUGUAAACCUAGCUUAUAAUACUUACUCUUUUUAGAAUUCAAUUCGUUAUUGUCAAUAUACGUUAGUAAUUUUGGAAAGAUUCCAUCAUACAGUAAAAAAUCAUCUUUUAUAUUUUUUAUGAACGGUAUCUUGUGAUAUUUGGAUCUAAGAUCAAAUAUGUGGCAAAAACGUCGGCCGCGUGUUACAUGAAGUUGAUGUUUAGAUCUCAGAGGUAAGAUUUAAAAAUAUUUUUAAAAUGUAA